AUGUUUUUCUUAAAAUUCGAGGAUGGAUGUGCGUGUGAGAGACUUUUGGUGGAAGAAGGGUUUGACUGGCUCUCUGAACUUCAGGAGCAGGCGAAACUUAACAAAAACAGGAAAAAAAUGAACAGUAACAAGGGUUGUCAGAUCCCUAAAACACCGACUCAGCAGAGGAAGCAAAAAAGAGUCAUCGUCAAAAGGAGAUCACCUCUCUUUCGGCCGUCAAUAGAAGCUCCGAAGUUUAGAGAUACCAGUCGAGUGACAUUUGCCGAGGGUCGUCCCGGCGAUGAUGCUGGAUGGGAGUUGAAUCAGGUGUGGAACCGCACCAACGAGAAGCAAAGACCCUUAAAAAAGUUCACCUGCUAUGGGAACCCCAAAGACCAAACUCAAUCGACCACCGCCACUGCAUCAGUGGCCACUACGCCAGGCUUCAUAACUCUACAGAGAGGCUGUGAGGAGGAUUUUGAAGUGUCUAUUGAGAAGAAGAAGAAGAAGAAGAAGAAGAAGAGAAGCGUAAAAAAGUUGGAAACGCGAAGGUCAAAGUUGAGAUUAAAUUAUUCCUCAUCCACGCUCAAUGACUCAGCUGCUGAUAGUUCAGUUUUGAAUGGAAGCAGCAGGCAAUUAAGACCUAGGAGGAAGAUAACCUACCUUGAUGAUUCUUUACCAUUGAACAGCACAGCUGUGAACAGCAGAAAGACAUCUCAGGGGAUAACUAAAACUUCUAGGGGAGCAACUCGAAGCACUCGUGUCUUAAGCAUUUCUCAAUCUACUAUCAACAGUGAUGGCCACAACGAGGAUGGCAACGACGACACUGUCAACAAUACAAACAUCGGCAGCAAUGACUGCUGCGACAGCUACGACAUCAACGACGCCACCAUUAAUUGCGACAACAAGGGUGAUGAUGUCAACAACGACGAUGACGGCAAUGACGUAUCAGUAGCCACACCAGAUUGCUCCGCUGUCAGAUCGAGAUUGGACAGAAAGGCCAAACUUAAUCACAUCCUAAAUAGCAAAAAUAACCACAGCAACAAUAACACUAACAACAAUAAUGGGAAUAAUGGCAAACGUGUUAAUGGUAAUGAGAAUAAUGUGAGUAAAAAAACAUACAGUGGGGAUUGUACGAUGGCGAAUGAUGGUGACGACGAAGAUGCCGAUGCAGAUGAUGGGGGCGCUCAUGUCGAGAGGAGAGCGAGAAAUAGCAAGAGUAGAAAGGUUAACAAACCUGUUUGUAGCGCUACUAAUAUUAAGGGCUCCAUUGGAAGUAAAAUGACUGCUGCCACAAUAGCUACUGCUACCUCCAUAGCUACUGCUGCUUCUACUACUACUACUGCUACUGCUACCACCAUAGCUACUGCUGCUUCUACUACUACUACUACUACUGAAGCAGCAACAGCAGCUGCUGCUACUACUGCUAAGAAUAAUAUAAACAACAAGAAAACUAUUAAAAGUGGUAGGAGGAUAGCCAGUGGUACCGGCGUGCAAACAAACGCGUAUGAGGAAAUUGUGGAGAAGACAAAAUUUCUUUCUGUCUGCUUGGGCAGAAAGGUCGAUGAUGCUUGCAAUAAAAAUAGUAAUAACAACAACAACAACAAUAAUAAUAAAAAUAAUAAUAACGUUAAUAAUAACUGCAAUGACGAUGAUUGUAACACAGCGGAUGAUGAAGAGCUAGAACAGAGCAGAGCCCAUUUCAAGGAGUUGACGAAGGAGCUUGAUAGGACGAUAGAAUGCUAUAGUAAUAAUAAUAGUAAUAAUGAUAAUGAUGAUGAUAAUGAUGACGGUGACGUCACCUUGAAUGUCAGCAGUUGCGAUACGUCGGUGGUGAUGGCGAGGUGUCGGGAUCGAAUUCGCCAGCUAGAAAGGCUGCUGGAGGAGGAGAGGGAGAGAGUAAGGAUGCUGGAGAGAAAGAAGGCCGAGAAGAGGAGGAGGAAUGAGGAUAAUAAUAAUAACAAUAACAUCAUUAAUAAUAAAAGUAAUAAUAAAAGUAAUAAUAAUAACAUCAUUAAUAAUAAAAGUAAUAAUAAUAACAUCAUUAAUAAUAAAAGUAAUAAUAAUAACAUCAUUAAUAAUAAAAGUAAUAAUAAUAAUGAUAAUAACAUCAAUAAUAAUAAAGGUAAUAAUAAUAAUAAUAACAUCAUUAAUAAUAAAAGUAAUAAUAAUAAUGAUAAUAACAUCAAUAAUAAUAAAGGUAAUAAUAAUAAUAAUAACAUCAUUAAUAAUAAAAGUAAUAAUAAUAAUGAAAAUAGCAUCAUUAAUAAUAAAGGUAAUAGUAAUAAUAAUAAAAAUAAAAAAGGUUGUAGAGGUAAUGAUGAGAAUGUUAUUGAAGUUACAGGUAGUAAUAAUGAUGAUGGCAGUGGUAACCAGGAUGAAGUUGAUGUCAGGGCUAGUAACAAUGUGAACGGUUAUUACGUUAAUGGUAAUGAAAGUUGUAAAGAAUUAGAUAACAAUAACAGCAACAAUGGUGAUGGUCUUUCUAGCAACGAUGUUAUUAUCAGCAGCGAAAUUCUUAGUGUGAUAAACAACUAUGGCAUUAACAAUAUCAGUAGCAACAACCACAACAACUUUAGUAGUGACCACAUCAGCGACAACAACCACAACAACAUCAGUAGCAACAACCACAACAACUUUAGUAGUAACCACAUCAGCGACAACAACCACAACAACAUCAGUAGCAACAACCACAACAACAUCAGUAGCAACAACCACAACAACGUUGGUAGUUGCCACAUCAGCAAUAACAACAUCAGUAACAACUGCAACAGCAACAACAACAACAGCAACAACAACAACUUCAGCAGCAACAACAACCAAACCGACAUUAGUGGCAACCACAACAACAUCACUAAGAAUAACAGCAGCAGUGGGAAGAGAGAAAGUUUUGGGGGGGAUUUGUUUGGUGAGGAGUGCAUGAAGAUUGUUGAGUCCAUCAUGAAACUGAAUGUUAAUUUAUAUCACGAUGAUGGUGGCGGUAAUAAUGGUGCUACAACUUCUGAGGUUAUAACCGCUACUGCAUUAGCUACUGCAACAGUCACUUCUAUUACUACAUCCAUUAAUUUUACUGCUGCUACACAGGCUGUGUCUACAACAUCCACAGCUGAUGAUAUUUUUACAACUAAUAUGGCAGACAAUUUUAUGGAUAUUGAGGCUACCGCUGCUACUAAAGUUGCUGCUACCACAAGUUCCUCCGCCACUACUAAGACUACCAAAGCCAAAUCGAAAAAGAAAAAAGCACCAAAGGGGAGGAAAUUGAACUGCAACUCAACCACCACUUCAGUCAAAUCAUCUUUAUCGUCGGUGUCGUUGUCAUCAUCAUCGUCAUCAUCAUUGCUACCACCGCAUUCAUCAUUAUCAGCAUCAUCGUUGCCGCCACUACGGCCGUCGACAUCAGAAUCUCCUGUGUCACUGGCAAGGCUGAAGAGUUCCAUGGAGUGUUUGGAGAAGAGGCUGUGGAGUAAUGCUAACAUGAGACCUCUCUUGCAGGCUCUCUCUUCCACUACUACCACCACUGCUACUGCCGCUACUACAGCUACUACUUCUGCUACCACAGUUACCACUGCUGCUGCUACUACUGCUGCUACUGCCGUUGCCACAACUUUGGCUGUCGCGAAUAAAAAUGUCAUUAAUAAUAACGACAACAACAGCGGUGACGAGAAUGAUGAUGGUGGUAAGACUGGUGAUAUCGACAGUGGUAAAAAUACUCACAGCAAAUUCAGAACUGGAAGCUACCUGGCAGCUCUCGAGGAUAGCAGGAGUUUGACAUUCUGCGACGAUGACGAAAACAAUGGUGAUAGAAAUGAAGUAAUCACCACUCACCAUCUGACAGUUGUUACUGCUGCUGCUGCUGUCGCUGCUUCUACCACUUCUACUGCUACUGCUGUUACUACUACUACUAAUGCUACUACCUAUACUGCUAAUACUAUUUCUUAUGUUGAUAACAUUGUAAGUGUAAAAUAUCCAUCUAACGAUUCUAUUGCAAAUUCAGCCUUUCUGUCGUCAUCUCUGUCGUCAUCAUCUGCAAUGACGUCAUUAUUAACGGUGACGUCAUCAUUAACAUCAUCAACAAUAAGUUCAACGUCGCUUCCAAGCGUAUCGUCAACAACAAUAUCAACGGCAUCAUUGAAGUUAGCAACAACAACAUCAUCUAAGUUAUCAACAAAAGCAUUAACAACGACAACAACAACAGUAACGAAACCUAAGUUAAGAUCCUCCACAAGGUUGCAGCAAUUGGCAAGCAUGUCUACCACACCUGUCCCCACCACAGCAAGAAUUACUGCCGGCAGUGAUAAAACAAUAAAUACUACUACAUCUGAUGACAAUACAGCCUCCGUUACAUUUUGCACCGCCAGUACUACAGCUGCUACUGACGUUACUGAAACUGUUGAAGCAACAAGCGUCGCUGCAACAAGCGGCACUGCAACAAGCGUCGCUGCAACAAGCGGCACUGCAACAAGCGUCGCUGCAACAAGCUGCACUGCAACUGCUGCUGCUACCUCCAUCUUAGACAUAACCGGCAUGAGAUCGAUAUACAGGACAGGUGUUAAAAAGAGGAUGAAUGAGAGUGCUAGCUGCAGUAGAUCUACUAAAAAUGUCGCACUAGCAACAACUGUAACGUCAGUUGCAACAGCAACAUCAACAAAAACACAAACAGCCACAAGCUUAGUAACUAAAGCUGCAACGAGUAAUUCAACUCGAUCACCGUUGUUGCUGUCCAAGCAUCAUCAUCAUCAUUUCCCACCGCACGUGGUUACAACGAGGCUGGUGGUGGUUGGUGGUGUGGGUGGUGGGGUUGCCAGGGGUCUUCCACGCAUUAUCAACAAUACAAUGACACGUGACAGUAACACCGAGUGUAACGCAAAAAUAUUUUGCAGCACCACACAGCUGACCAACGACCACUGUUCCUUAGCUGGCCAUGCUGACAUGCUGUCUGCCCAACGUAAUGGAGGGGGAAUCAUGCAUCUGUCACUGCCACCAAAAACAUCAACUGCGACCACCACAUCUGCUUCUACUGCUACCACUGACACUACGACUAGAACCGCCUCAAAAGCCACACUACCUACACUGUUGUCAACAUUCUCUACAGCUCCCUAUGAAUCGACUCGUGGUUUUUUCAUCAACGAUGGAUUGAGUGUCACCAAGAGUAUCAGUGAUAGUAAUGUGGCUAUGACUGCUACUAGAAACGUUGCUGCUGCUACUGCUGCUGCUACGACUACAACCACUGCCACUUCUACUGCUGCUAUUCAUAUCAAGAAUAUUAACAAUUUCAAUAGCUCCGAUGCCUGUUCCGUCAUUAACAAAGCCACCCUCCUUAAAUCUUCUCACAACGAUGGAAUGUCCAAUUUGCCACCAUCACUGCAGUCUCCAUCAUUCUUGUUGCCACCACCACUUCCACCACCAUCGUCGUCGUCAAUGAGUACGUCACCGUCAUCAUCAUUAUCAUCAUCGUUCGUUACGUCAUCAUCAUCGUUGUUGUCAUCACUUCUCACGUCCUCUUCAUCGUCAAGUGUUUAUUACUCGGCCAAGAAUCAGUCCAACUACUCGUCGAGGCACUUUGUGAACUUGGCUUCGUCCAAUGACCAUUCGUGUCCACGAAGCCUCAUUCUUACACCAGCCAAUCAUAGGCGAGAGUCAAAAUGGAUUUGCUAUGGUCAAGUCAACACUGAGUCCCUCAGUUACAUUAAGUUCGCUUUUAAAUCAAAGAAGCAGCAGCAGCAGCAGCAAGCAAGCGAUGAUGUCGAGGUGUCGGGUUCAAUUCCUCUAUCGAACAGGAACUGCUGCAAGUCACCCUGCAAGGCGUUCAACGUCGAAGACGAUAUUGGGUACAUCGAUGAUGAAAUUAUGGAAAGCCCAGCGAAGAAUGAUUUCAACGACAUCAACAAAACCAAAAGUAAUGAUAACAACGAUAAUAAUAAUAUCAAUAAUAUUAACAAAAUUGAUAACGAUAAUAGCGAUGUUAAGAGGAAUCAGAAUCUCACAAAUGAUUACAACGAUAAAACUUUGAACGUGAAAGGAGAUGAAGAUGAUGAUGACGACGACGGAGAUGAAAGUGAUGACGUAGAAGAAGAAGGGAAGAAGAGUAACAGGGGGAAGUCUAAGAGGAAGCCUAACAAAAAGCCGGUGGGCAAGAAUGGUAAGAAGAAAAAGGUGAGAACCAGUAACUACAGGAGAUCUUGCGAUAAGGUAGUCGCUACGCCACGUAGCCACAACAUUAAGAUGGAUUUGGAGGAAAAAUUAAUCGUCUGCAACGUCAACAACGACAUCAGUGGCAACAGAAGCGGCAGCAGUAGCAACCACAAAAGGAAGUCGGAUGUUUUUGAGGAGGACGACAACGAGUCCUGCAAGAAAUUUCCCGCUACAAAGUUUAGAAAAGUCACCCUUGAUGAUAUCGUGGCUGCAAACGUUGACGACGACGCUGGCCACAUUUAUGAAGAUGUUGAAGUCGUCUCAGCUACCACAGGGAUGACCACUACUACGGCUACUUAUGCUGCUACUUCUACUGUCGCUACUUCUACUGCUGCUAACACAAUCUCACAAGGGGAACAUUCAAAAGAGUUGCCACUACCACCAGGACCCCACAAGCCUCCCACAACUGCGGAGAGCUUCGUUGGCAGGAUGGUUAAGAAGCACGAAAAGAUGACGCAGAUGCAGAAGGGUAAGAAGGCUGCUGUUACCGUCCUUGGCUUCUCUAGUUCUAUUGGUGCUAGUGCUGGGUCUUCUGUCCCGGCCAGUGCUGGUGGCGCUAGUUCAACUGCAAAGAGAUUCAACACUGUCAGGUUGAAGAUCGCGGGGCUGCACAAAUCUGAUAAGAACAACAUGGACUCUCUUAUUAUUUUGUGUGGCCGUGGAACUUUCGAACCGGAAAUGCCCUGUUGCAUCUUCUCCCUCAUUGGGCACUCCAAUUGGAGGAGGCAAGAGGAGGAGGGAUGA